UUCCUCUUUCUUCAAUUCGAGCCCUUUGAGGCUCCGCGCUGCUUCAAAGGCUUCUCGUCUGCUCUCACCCUGGGCUGUCUACGCCGGUUUGGAGCCGCUUUCGAUCGUUCAAACUUUAGGGUUUCUUCUGAUUCUUUUCCGCCAUUAGGGCUUGCUCUGCUUAAAGAGCUGCUGCUGUGAAGGAAACGGGCAGCGCGCGUCUCCUUCUCCGGGGAGGUAAGAUCACUCUUCUGUGCCAGACCACUAGUACUAAAAUAUGGAUGAGGAUAUUGAGUCUUUAGUUUCAAAUGGAGCGGUUUCUAGCAUAAGUUUUAGCUUAGCUUCUUUUGAUGAAGUUUGCAAAUAUUCUAUUAAUAAUUGCCCGAUAUCACAUCCAAGCCAGUUGGGAAACCCUUUUCUUGGUUUGCCACUCGAGUCAGGGAGGUGUGAAUCAUGUGGGACCGUGGAAACUGAAAAAUGUGAAGGGCAUUUUGGUUUUAUUGAGUUGCCCAUACCUAUUUAUCAUCCCUCUCACAUUAGUGAGCUGAAGAACAUUUUGACCAUGCUAUGUUUAAGGUGCAUGCGGGUAAAUAGAGGAAAGGUUAAAUGUGAAACAGGAAAGGAAAAAAUCUCCAUUGCAUCUUGUACUUAUUGUCGGGAGAUUGAACCUUUUUCAGUUAAUGAAGUUAACAAAACUGAUGGAGCAGUUUGCUUGGAAUUGAGGGUUUCUGCUCGAAAUAGACUCCGAGAAGGUUUUUGGAAUUUUUUAGAUAAAUUUGGAUUUCACCAUGAUGCAAAUCCAUUUCAGACUCUUCAUCCUCUUGAGGUUAUCCGUAUUUUGAAUGAGAUACCAGAAGAAACCAGGAAAAGGCUAUUUGCAAAAGGAUUCUUCCCACAGAUUGGUUUCAUUAUUCAAUAUCUUUCAGUACCUCCAAACUGCUUAUCCAUGCCACUGAUUUCGGAUGGCAAGAUAAUUAUGUCGUCUGACAACUCAAAAAAUUUACUUAGAAGAAUUUUUACUAGCAUUGAGAAAAUCAAGACAAAUCAUUCUUCUAGUAUUGAAGCUCCAGAAAGUGACUUAAGCAACCUGCAGGCAACUGUUGCACGGUAUUUGAAUCUCAGGGGUGUUGCGAAGGUGCCUCAUGACAUAAAUGGCAAGUUAAAGAUUAACGAGGUCGCUCAAAAUUCUUCAAAACAAUGGCUUGAGAAGAUGAGAACAUUAUUUAUCAGUAAAGGAUCUGGCUUUUCAUCUCGAAGUGUAAUCACUGGUGAUCCCUAUAUGGGAAUUGAUGUUAUAGGAUUACCAGCUGAAGUUGCUAGAAAGGUUACCUUUGAGGAGCGAGUGUCAGUCUAUAACCUGGAGCGUUUGCAGAAGAUGGUAAAUGAUAGGUUAUGUGUGGCCUAUACGGAUGGGGAGACAAAGUUCUCUAUAGAAACUAGCGCUGAAGGACAUGUAAGGCUAAAAAUUGGCCAAAUUGUUUGUCGUAGGAUCAUGGAUGGUGAUGUGGUUUUCCUUAAUAGGCCUCCUAGUACGCAUAAGCACUCUGUCCAAGCUUUCUUCGUGUCACUUCAUGAUGAAAAUGUUGUUAAAAUCAAUCCACUGGUUUGUUCCCCCCUGGGAGCUGACUUUGAUGGUGAUUGUGUGCACAUAUUUUAUCCGCAGUCACUUGCCGCCAAAGCUGAAGCUAUUGAGUUAUUUAGUGUUGAAAAGCAACUUCUGAGCUCUCAUAAUGAUUUGCUAAACAUGCAGUUUGUUCAGGACUCGUUGUUGUCACUGAGGCUGAUAUCCAAUACCUGUCUGCUGACCAAAAUGAGAGCUCAGCAGUUAUCCAUGUUUGUUCCCCGGGGCUUGCCACCACCUUUUUUAGUAAAGGCUCAUAAUUGUGGCCCAUUUUGGACUAUUUUUCAGGUAUUACAAUGUGCAUUUCCUGUCUCCUUUGAUUGUUCUGGUGACAGGCAUUUGAUCAGUGGUAGCGAAAUACUGCAUAUUGAUUUUAAAAAAGACUUGAUCCAGUCGAUGCUGGUUGAUAUGGUUUCUUCUGUUUUGGCAUUUAAAGGUUCCAAAGAGGGGCUUAUAUUUUUGAACACUGUGCAACCUCUACUUAUGGAGAUGUUAAAUGUACAUGGUUUCAGUAUCAAUUUGCAGGAUUUUGAUGUUCCCAUGGAUAUCCUUGCAGAUAUGCAUGACAAAUUACAGGAGAUUUCGUGUUUGCUCAGCAAACCCCGAUCAUCUUUUCAACAAGUUCAGGACUUGCGAGUUGAGGAUCACCUCAAAAUCCUUAAAUCACCCAUUACAAAUUUUAUUCUAAAGACUUCAUCGGUUGGUACUUUGAUUGAUUCGAAGAGUGAGUCAUCAAUCUCCAAAGUUCUGCAACAGGUAGGCUUUCUAGGGCUUGAACUAUUUGAGAGAGGUAAAUUGUACUCGAAGACCCUAGUUCAGGAUGUAUUUUCAUAUUACUUGGGAAAACAUUCAGUUGAUGGAGUUGGUGUACCAUCUGAGGCCUGUGGUCUGGUUAAGAGUUCUUUUUUUGGCGGUUUAAAUCCAUAUGAAGAUUUAGUCCAUUCUAUUUCUACAAGAGAAGUUGUAGUACGAUCCUCUAGAGGGUUGACAGAGCCAGGAACGCUGUUUAAGAAUCUAAUGGCAAUUCUUCGUGAUGCUGUGGUUUGUUAUGAUGGGACUGUGAGGAAUGUUUGCCGAAAUUCUGUUAUUCAAUUUCAAUAUAGAGUAAAGGAUGGUAUUGGUGCUUUGACUGACAAUCUUGCUGGUGAACCAGUUGGGGUGUUGGCUGCAACUGCAAUAUCUAACCCUGCUUAUAAAGCUGUCCUGGAUUCUUCUCUCAGUACAAAUUCAUCAUGGGAAUUGAUGAAGGAAAUACUACUUAGCAAAGUGGGCUACCAAAAUGUAUUCAAUGAUCGCCGUGUGGUUCUAUAUUUGAAUGACUGUCUCUGCGGUAAAAAAUUCUGCAAGGAAAUGGCUGCAUUUGCAGUUCAGGAUUGCUUGAAGAAGUUUACCUUGAGGGACUGUGCAUCUGAAUUCUCUAUUGAGUACAAGAAAAAUAUGGUUGCUUGUGAUAGUUUGGAAGCAGUUUCCGGCCUUGUUGGCCAUAUUCAUCUUGAUAGGGGGAUGUUGAAAGCAUGGAAUAAGAGAACAGAGGAAAUUCUUCUGAAGUGUCAAGAGAUUUUAUCUUCCCGUCAGAAGAAGAAAGGACCUCUCUCUUUCUUGUUUAAAGGAAUUGUUUUAACAACCAGUGAAUGCUGUCAGCACUCAGAUGAUGCAAAUUUGUCUAGUGUUCCGUGUUUGCAGUUCUACUACUUUGAUAGAGGUGGUAAAAUAUCUGAUGAAUCUCUGGAUAGAGUAAUUCACAUUAUGGCAAAUGUUAUCUGCCCUAUGUUACUGGAAACAGUUAUUAAAGGUGAUUCUAGAGUUGAUUUGGCUAAUAUCAUUUGGAUUGAACCAACGACCACUUCUUCGGUGAGAGAUCGGAGACCAAUGAAGGGCGAAUUAGCCAUUGAAGUUGUUAUUGAAAAAAGUUUUGCUCGGCAAAGUGGUGAUGCAUGGAGAACUGUUUUGGAUGCUUGCUUACCUGUUAUGCACCUCAUAGAUAUGAGGCGAUCUAUACCCUAUGGCAUCAAGCAGGUUGAACACCUUCUCGGCAUAUCUUGUAGUUUUGAGCAAUCGGUUCUGCGCCUAUCGGCAUCAAUUAAGAUGGUUGCGAAAGGAGUACUUAAAGAGCAUCUUAUUCUAGUUGCAAAUAGCAUGACAUGCACAGGAAACUUUCUUGGUUUUAAUAACAGUGGCUUCAAGAAACUUCUACGCUCCUUGAAAAUUCAAAUGCCAUUUACUGAAGCAACUUUAUUUACUCCGAUAAAAUGUUUUGAGAGAGCAGCCCAAAAAUGUCAUACAGAUACACUGACUAGUAUAGUUUCCUCAUGUUUAUGGGGCAAGCAUGUAGCAGUUGGUACUGGUUCUUGUUUCAAAGUUUUCUGGGAUAGACAACAGGUUAAAGCUAACAAGGAUGUAGAAAAGGAUGUCUAUGAAUUCCUGGAGUUGGUGCAGACAGCAACUACUGAGAGGGAAGUUGACGUUGAUGAUCUCAUGUAUGAGAGUGAAUAUGAGUUCUGUGCUUCUCCUGUACCAGGCAUACGGAUUGGGAAGGAAACUUGCGAUGAUGGAACUGAUUCUCUAUUUCAUUCUGAAAACAAUGUAAUACUGGAGAGAGGGGAUGGGGAUAAAUCAAACUGGCAAAAUGGUUCAGAGUCUGCAAUUGAACAAAAUAACUGGAAAGGAUGGGAUAGUAGAAAAAAGCCAGAAGAAGUUGAUUCCCAAUCAGCUCUUAAGAAAGAUGGUGCCUGGUCGGGUUGGGAUACUACGAGUGAAAAGGAACCCACUAAAUUUGGAAGUCAAAUGCCUGAGGUUCAACGAGGAUGGGGCAGUUCAAAGAAAACCUCUGUGGAUAAUGGCAACGCUGAAAGUGCCAAUAAUGGUAACCAAUGGAAUGAAAAUAAAGCAGCAGAUGGGCCUUGGUCAUCCCCUGGCUGGGGCUUGACAAGUGAAUCCGAAAGUUCUAAAACAUGGAGCAAUCCCUGUAAACCUUUAGAUAUGACAAGUAAAGAGGCCACCCGGAAUGGUCACAACCCUGAAAAAGUUAGUUUUGAAAAAUCCUCUGAAUCGAGUAAAUGGAAUGAGAUUAGAACAGCAGAUAAUGCUAACAGAGCUUGGGGUUUGGCAGAUACAUCCAAAACUUGCAGUAGUCCUAAGCCUAUAUGGAACACUGAUUGGUUGAGUAAAGGUGGAGCUGGCAAUAAUUAUAAGCAUGAAAAUGCUGGCUUUGGAAGAUCUUCACUAUCGGAUAAAUGGAAUGAGAAUAAUAGUGCAAUUGAUCACAGAGAUGGUGCUUGGGUUUCAACAGGUGAAUCUGAAAGUUGUAAAAGUCCUGUGAAGCCUACAUGGAACACUGACGGGACAAGUAAAGCUGGCACCUGGAAUAGUCCAAACUAUGAAAAGGCUAGUUUUGGAAGGUCCUCGGAAACAAAUAAAUGGAAUGAAAAAAGAACAACAGAUAAUGAAAAUAGUGCUGGGGGAUCUCGAGCUUGGGGCUCAUCUGAUGCUGCAUGCAGUAUUUGGAGAAGUCCACCUGAAGGUCCCGGGAAUGUGGAAGGGAAAGCAAGGACAGACAAUACAGAAAACAAUGAUGCCAGAGCUAUUGGUGAGUCUUCAAAUGUGGACAAAUUGGAUGAGGCCAAAGCUGCUGAUAAUGGAAAUGAUGGAUGGAAAUCCCGUGGCUGGGGUUCAACAGAUGGACGGAGAACUUGGAAGAAUUCUUCUUCUAGGCCAGGGGUAAAAUCAGAUGAACAGAGAGGUAGGAAUGCAACUGGAAGCUCUUCCAUGAAACGAAAUGCUGAAUUAUUAACACGUGAUGAGGAGGAGAUUCUUUUUGAAGUGGAACCUGUGUUCUGUUCUGCUAAAAAGAUACUACACGAUGCAAGUGUUGGCGAACCUCUAUCUACUGAGCACCAGCAGUUUAUAAAGGAGAAAGUAUUUGAGUACCAUCCUGAUAAGAAUGGCAAAGUUUGUGGUGGUCAGAUUGAUCACAUUAUGGUUGAUAAGCACGAGACUUACACGGACAGCCGUUGCUUUUUUGUUGUUUCAACGGAUGGAUCGAGAUCUGACUUCUCUUACAUCAAGUGCUUCAUGAAUCUUGUUAAACAGAAAUUCCCAGAACAUGGUAUGUCGUUUAACAGUAAAUAUUUUAAGAAGCGGUCCUCUGCCCCUGCAGAUUCUACUCAGCAGCAAUAGCAUAGCCUGCUGUAAAUGUCUAGAUCUAAGCUGUACAUUAGAUAACUUUAGGAGUAAGUUUUUGUAUAUCCUUUUUAAUAUUUUAUCUUGGAAUUAUCCUAUCAAUUUUCUCUGUACUUGUUGUAGUCUAGUUUAUGUUGUAAAAGCAUGAGAUCUCUGUACUCAUGACGCGCCUCUUCUCUCCGCGGGAGGAAAAUAUUCUUUGGUAAGCAGCUUAUGCUUCAGUUUUUUGUUAUGA